CCGCCCUGCCCCAGGAUCGCUCUCGCCGUCGUCGCCGUCGUCGUCGCCGUCGUUCGUCUGCGGGCUCAUCUUUCUCUUCUUCCUCCUCCUGCCCUCGCUCCGUGCUUGCCCUCCGUCGUCUGGCCCUGGGUCUCUCGAGCACUCUCCAAUCGCCGGCAAGCCCCGACUCAUCCCCUGGGCUCCUCUGCCUGCCUGCCUCACCACUGACCCCGGCCACAGCUGCUUCUCCAGCCGCAACAGCAACGCCCACCACAGCAACCACAGCGGCCCGAGCUCCAGCCGAUCCCGGUUGCCACCACAUCCAUCGCCAUGUUGUCGUCGUUUAUGCGAAAUAGCAAACAAUCGUCUGCUUCCUCGUCCACCGACGCACCAGCCCCCCCUUCGGCCUCCUCGACCACUCCCCCGGCGCUUUCGCCCCAGACCAAGCCGCUGGCCUCGCCAUCGCCAUCGCAUCUCCAGCGCAGCAUGAGCAAGCAGAGCAACCGCAACUCGGUCAUCCAGUACGCCACCGAGGCCAUGUUGUCGCAGAUCCAGCUCUACAGCAACUCCGGCCCGAAUCAGACUCCGUCUGGCCCCGUCAAUCUGCGCAUCCGUGUCGCUACCAGCAUGGGCACUCUUCUGAUCCCCUGCAAGGAGGGCUCCACCGUCGGCUGGCUCCUGGCGGAAGCCCACGACCGGCUCACUCGCCUUGAGGAGACCAUGGGCAACCUCACGGGGGCCAUCACCCCGUUCACCAUCGCCCGCACCAGCGACGGCGACAUGAUCGACCUCGACGACAUCAUUUCCGACAUCCUGCGUUCUGGAGAGACUGUCAUCGCCCUGACCCAUCCCGAAGCCCACCGCAUCUCGAGACCCAUCCACGACACCUUCAAUGUCAUGCCAAAGUCCAUUCGCGACCCUCGAACCAGCUACAACAGCCUGCUCGGGGACAUGGAGGUCGACAACAAGUCCCUCUCCGACAAUCCGAUUUUCCUCGAACCCCCUUCGGGAUUGACCAACCGCCGCUCGUCCCCCUACCACGAGGCUGGCGGUGCUCGAGACCUGUUGUCCCCGCGAUCUGUGACGUCGUUCCAACAACCCCUGCACUCGAGCCACCACAAUUCAAUCAACAUCCUCCCCAGCAACGUCUCCGAUCUGGUCUUUAUCAGCUACAGCCACGAUAACAGGUUCUCCUCGGGGCCUGCCGGCACCGCCGUGGUCGACCCCAAGUCGGUUUCGGAUCUCCUCAAGAUGUACGGUUUCAACGUCUGGUUUGAUCUUGAUUAUGACCCACACGGAAAGAUCACCACUGAUCAGGCCGAGAUCGCCCUGGGUGCUGCCGUUCUGGUCUUGGCUCUGCUGACGCCCGAGUACUCAAUGAACGAUUCUUGCCUCACCCACAUGGACAUCAUCGACCGCAACCGCCUCCCGUUCAUCAACAUUCUGAUUUCGCAUCCCAACGCCUACUUUGAGGACAAUCCCGUGCUCGAGAACCUCCUGGAUGGCACCACCAACAUCCACAUCGGCGGCGGCCUCACCCCCGCCAAGAUCGAGCACAUCAUCCUUGAGGUCUCCAAGUACGCAAAGUCGUCCUCGGUCGUGGUCAACUCGCGUGACGACAUUGUCUUUGACUUUCCCGGCCGCAACGCCGCCAGUCUCGACGAUAUCCGCGAGGGCGAUUUGGUCGAGGUACUCGACACUGUCCCGCUGCCGAUCCAGGGCGACGGCCAGAUCGUCGAGGGCCACAAGCAGGCUGUCGGCUGGGUCCUCGGCCGCAUCGAGCAGUUUGAGAACGAUGGCUUUCUCGCUGUGCAGAUGUACUCGGGCAGCAACAUCGACGUGGAUUUUGCCCGCAUGCGGCCGUGUCUCGAACCGCAGCUGGUCAUCCCGGUCUGCAAGGAAGGCGACGAGGUCGAGGUGCGCGUGGUCUACGCCAACGAAAGCUAUGUCUGGUGGCCAGGUCAUGUCAUGAGCGUCGACGAGGAUACGCUCUUGGUCGAAAUCCAAUCCUUUGACGGCACUGAGCGAAGCGCCAUCGUCGCCAGCUACGCUCAGAUCCGCACUGCCUAUGCCGAGGAAGCAAAAUACCAGACGUUCAUUCGCAUGCUGCACACCCAAGGCAGCACGGGCCGCCCUGAUUCGAGCUUCAAGCCGCGCGCCUCUGAGCCUGCACCCUCCCCUCGCGUCCUGGAGGCUGUGCGAUCACCUCGCCCUUCGGCCACUCCCUCCCGGGAGCGCCACGGUUGGGAGAGUGACGAUGACGAAGCCACCCCUCAAUACUCGCCCCACAAUCUUUCCCGCCGCCUCAACUCUCUCGAAGCGCGACAGUCGUCUACCCGAGGCCAGGACGAGGCCAACGACUUUAACAUCAACGACUACGCCGAGGAUGGCCAGCAGGAGCUUGAAGAUGAGCUCGCCGAAAUCCAGCGCAUCGAGGCCGAGCGCCAACGGAACGAACAAGAGGAGCUUGAGGCCGUCAAUGCCAUGCGCCGCCAGCGCGAAGAGCAAGAGGCCGCCCGUCUUGAACAAGAGCGUCUUGAACAAGAGCGCCUUGAGCAAGAGCGUCUCGAAGAAGAGCGUCUUGAAGAAGAGCGUCUUGAACGCCAGCGCCUCGAAGACGAGCGUCUCGAAUGGGAACGCCAAGAGUUCCAACGCCGCGAGCAGGAGCGCCUGGAGCGCGAGCUUGAAGAGAUGGAACGCCUCGAAGCCGAACGCCUCGAAGAAGAACGCCUGGAGAAGCAGCGCCGCGAGCAAGAGGAACUUGAGCGCGAGCUCGAGGAGAUGACCCGGUUCGAGGCUGAGCGCCAGGAGCGACAUCGACGAGAGCAAGAGCGACUCGAAGCCUUGCGACGCGAAGAAGAGCGACGCGACGCCGAACGAAUCGAGCAAGAACGCCUCGAGCGUCUUGAAGAAGAACGCCGCGAGCAGGAGCGCCGUGAGCAUGAACGUCGCGAACAGGAGCGUCUUGAACAAGAGCUGUUCGAGAUGGAGCGCCUUGAGAACGAACGCCGCGAACGCGAACGUAUUGAACUCGAGCGACUCGAACAAGAACGGCUCGAGCAAGAACUCCUCGAGAUGGAACGCCUCGAGGACGAACGUCGUGAGCGCGAGCGUAUUGAACUCGAACGCCGUGAACAGGAGCGACUCGAACAAGAGCGACUCGAACAAGAACGACUUGAGCAGGAGCGUCUUGAGCAGGAGCAGCUUGAACAGCAGCGGCUCGAACAAGAACGACUUGAGGAAGAGCUUCGAGAGCGUGAGCGCCUAGAAGCCGAACGCCUCGAAGCCGAACGAAUCGAGCAAGAGCGCCUCGAAGCAGAGCUCAGAGAACAAGAGCGUCUCGAACAAGAACGCCUUGAACAACAGCGUCAUGAACAAGAGCGCCUCGAGUAUGAGCGUAUCGAGCGAGAACGCCGUGAACAGGAGCGUCUCGAGCAAGAGCGACUCGAACAAGAGCGGCUCGAACAAGAACUCCUCGAGAUGGAACGCCUCGAGAACGAACGCCGCGAACGCGAACGCAUUGAACUCGAGCGACUCGAACAAGAACGGCUCGAGCAAGAACUCCUCGAGAUGGAACGCCUCGAGGACGAACGUCGUGAGCGCGAGCGCAUUGAACUCGAACGCCGUGAACAGGAGCGACUCGAACAAGAGCGACUCGAACAAGAACGACUUGAGCAGGAGCGUCUUGAGCAGGAGCAGCUUGAACAGCAGCGCCUUGAGCAAGAGCGUCUUGAGCAGGAGCGUCUCGAACAAGAACGACGGCAAUACGAGCAACGCGAAGAGCCUCGCAGAGAACGUCGCCGACACGACGAGCCCCGCCAGCGCCAUGUGGACGCCGAGUACUCACGCACGCCCGUUCGACGCCAGGAGCCUGCUCGUUCAACCGAUGCUGAUGACCUCGAGGAGCUGCUGCGCGAACAAAUGUCUCCUUCGCAGAACUACGAUGCCCUACUAUCUCCACGCUCUGCCAAGAGCCGUGUCGCCCCGGAAGAAUUUGAUUUCGAAAAGGAGCUCGAGAGCCUGCAGCAGGAGGAGCAAGAGCUGAACAAGGCCACCAGCAACAGCACCCGCCGCGUCAACGGCGCCCGAGCCCAACCCCGGUUUGUCCAGCGAACCGCCGCUCCUGAUCCAUCUGCUGCCGGACAAGGCGAGUCUGAGGCCAUGCCCUUCCGUGUGCGCCGUGAAGACGAGCCCAGGGCCGCCCGGGUGGUCCGCACCACCGUGCGCGAGCGUGCAGCAGCGCUGGAUACCCAGCGAGGUGCCCGCACGGACCGCGCCCGGGAACCGCGUGUGUUAUCGCCGCGAGCCGAACAGCCUGCAAGCCAGGGCGACGACGGUGGAUACGCUGGGGCAGAUCAAAGCUAUCCCGCCGCCAACCAGCUCCUUUCGCCGCGGUCACGCAACAUUGCCCCGCAAGACUACGAGCAGGGCGAGCGACCAGUCCCUGCGGAGCGUCGCCCCGUUCAGAUAACCCGCGUGCGAAGAGCUGAGCACACAACGGCAACGGGCGAGUUCCGAUAGCGAUAAACGAAACCCCCGGCAUUCCUGAAUACCGAGCCCUCAGCCAUCCGGGGCAGUCACUGGAACUGGUCCUCUGGUCUGGUAGCCAAACCAAUGUAUGCAGUGCUGAGCGGACCGGAUGCUGCGAGCACCUUGAUGGCUGUGCGCACACUACACGACUCAAACCGACAUCCGCACCUGUCCUCGGAGUCGCAUCGGCCCAUAUGUCCAGUGUCGGUCCUUUUCAUGUCUUGGGAACCCCAAAUAUCGAUACAGAAUACAAUACGCAGUACAUGUCAUAA